AUGUGGCUCAAUGGUCAAUUUGCAGUCCUUGUUUUGCUGCAAUCGGCGAUCAUGACCACCUUCGUUGCUGCAAUCCUGCUCACAACACGCGGACAGACAACCGCUCGAGUAAUCGGCGUCACAGUAUUGGUCGCACUAUCUCUCAGACUCUAUUUCUCAUGGCUGCAACUUCUCACGAACCCCCACUGGCGGGCAAUCGUUGCGCCGCUUAUUUGGAUUCAGUUCCUCAGCGCGUCGGAAUUGAUCCUGGGUGCACGCGCGUCUGAACCGGACUUUCGGGCAACACACGCAGACCAAUUACGCCUUGUGCCUCCGAUGCUAUGGAACUUACGGAGAGUAGGCACGAGGUGGGCCGUCAAGAACACACCCGCCAGCCCGAAUCAGAGUCGAGCUCGGUUCAUAUGGCGUCGAGCGACGGCCACGGUCUUGGCAUAUCUGGUUCUUGAUGCAAUGCUAUUAGCCCCGGCGCCUGAUGCCGCGCUGGUCAGCAUCCAGAACCAAACCUUGUGGGACCUGCGAGCCUUGACUCCUGAAGGCUGCGUGUUCCGGAUGAUUGCCACAGCAUCGUUCUGGGUCAGUGUUGCGCUGCUUCUCUUCAUCAUCAACAACUGCGGAGCCCUCUUGAGCGUCAUCUGCGAGCGUUGCUCUGCAAGUGAUUGCCCACCAUUGUUUGGUUCGUUUGCCAAUGUAACAAGCAUUCGUCAGUUCUGGGGCGCAGCAUGGCAUCAAUGCCUUCGGGCAGUUCUUACUUGGCAUGCAGAUCUGCUUGCCGACUCAGUGUUUCGAAUUCCACGAGGAACCGUGUUGUCAAAGUACACUCGUCUGUGGUUGGCGUUCAUGAUAUCAGGUUUGAUCCAUUACAUCUCUGAUGUUGCCAUGGGCGUCGAACCGUCUCAGUCGGGCAGUCCGUUGUUUUUCAUAUUACAGGCAUUCGGCAUCACACUGGAAGAUGGUUUUCAAUCCCUGGUCAGCCGGUAUCAUUGGAACGGAAGAGAAGGAACCUGGAAGAGUGGAAGAAUUCUUAUUCGCCUCUGGCUGAUUGGCUUUCUCGUCUGGUCAACGCCUACCUGGUUCUACCCACAGCAGCGGCUUGGGGUAGAUGCAACAAGCCUGCUUCCUCUGCGGAUCAUACCUACCAUUAUCCAAGCUUUGGCCCGCUGA